GAGGCUGCUAAAAAGACUGGCAUACGGUCAUAAUAAAUUGGAUUUAAAUUCAAGAACUUGAUCAUUCACUAAAUGCACGCCGCACCCUGAAGAACAGUCAGCUGCAAAUACGGCGCGAGAUAACGUCCGGUCUUGUUCAACUAACCGCAACAAAAUCACCAGCAUCGUACUGAAAACUUGGAACUGUGAUUCAAUUUAAGUUUUACGCCGUACUCGAUAGGAUCGCUAGCGCUCAGUCGGUCGGUCGGUUGGUUGUUCUUCGCUCGGUCAAACUCGCCCAGAUCAGCAGUUUCGUGAGCAGUGUGUGGAGUGAAAAGUUGCUUCUGGUUCCAUUCCGGUAGCGCCGUCAUCGUCCACAGAAAAUCCUCCGGAAAUAGUGCCGAUUUUGGGGAAAAGUUUUACACCACCAGCAUCCCGCACGGUCAGUCAGUCAGUGGUGCUGCACCACCAAAUAGCAGCUGUUUAAAGAACGAACUAAAACCUGGUGGUCGGUAGAGGAAGGACAUUCAAACAAAAAAAAAAUCAAGUGAUAUAAGUUUAGUGUUGUAGUGCUGCGAGGAAGAGUGGGGCCUCCAAAGAUGGCAAAGUUUCUGGCGAUGCUGGCCGUUUGUGCCAUCGUUUGCGGUUUAGUCACGCUCGGCAGUGGACACACGUACAAAACCGGAGAAUGUCCCACAGUGGAACCGAUGAAUGGCUUCAGCAUGCAGCAGUUCCUCGGCGUGUGGUACGUGAUCCAGAAGACGGGCACCUCCUCCAGCUGUGUGAUCUACAACAUCACCAAAACGGACGAACCGGGCGAGUACGACAUCGAACAGGUGUCCCAGCGGAAUCCGCUCUCGGUGGGGCCGCUCAAGCACGAGUACAGCUACACCGGCAAGCUGACCGUGACCGACAAGGACGUCCCCGCGCGGAUGACGGUCCGAUUCCCGUUGAGUGUGGCUGGUUCUGCCAAGUUUGUCGUGUUCAUGAGUGAUUACAGUACGUUCGGCGGAGUGUACUCCUGUCAGAAGAUUCCAUUUGGACAUCGUCAGAGCGCAACUAUUCUGUCGAGGACUCGCGAUCUGGACAAGAUCUACGUCGACAAGAUCCGCAACCGCCUGUCCAGUUUCUCGGUGGACCCGUUCGACCUCAGCAUCAUCGACCAAACCGGAUGCCCCAAGGAGGGAGAAGCCGGCUACAACAUCCACAUCGACUCGAACACCUUCUCGACGAAAAACAUCGCCAACGUGUUCCGCAAGGCCGGCGAAAAGAUCGGUGACGGGUUCGAGUAUGCCGUCAAUGCGGGCAAAAAGAUUUACCACCAGUACACCGACUCGGGCAGCACGGAACAAGGCACACCAACAGCCGUCCCUUCCGGUGGCCAUCGGGGUGAAAAACUCGUCAUGCCCCAGCAUCCGGAGUCCGAGUGGCUUCCAUAGGACGCACCAACGAUCCGGAAAGUCAGCUUUUGCCCCCCCCCCUUUUGCUGGCUCGAAUUUCCCUUUAGUGUCGACAUGAACAGCGAACGGUGUCGAAGGUCAACCACGCUGUUACCGUUUGGUGCUUCUGUGGGGUGAUUGCGUUUGAAAGAUUAGACCCUUUUUUAAAUUUCCACUCAAUACUGCUAGGUUUAAAGCGAAUGAAUACAUAAUUUUCGAUCCAUUAGAA